AUGACUAGCGGGACCGAAGAAGCGCACAACAACGACUCAUACCCCCCAGAGCAACUUGCCGUUCCAAUUCUUCCUCCCCAUUCAGGCCAGAAAGGCUACUGGAUGGUGCCGCUCCCUACCGCGCCGGGCCAACCCACCGAAUGGGCCCCUGUGGUCGCAUAUGGGCGGGUUUCUGACUCCCAGCAAAGCUUCACCCCACCUCCUCCUUCGCCCACAAACCCCGAAUGGGCCGCAUUGGAUAACGGAGACCCUAUCCCUAUCGAUGAGUCUGCCCUAUCCCUUCCUCCCUCUCCACAAGCUCCUGGCCCCUUGCCGCCAGUUGAGUGGCAGGUGAUGGAAGGUGGCCCUAACCAAGGGAAGAAAUAUACCUUGCUCCCUCAUCCCCCCGCUGCAACUGCUCCUGAUUCCGCAGCGGGGAAUCAAGGACAUGCUCCGCUAGGUCUUGGCCAGGGAGUGGAUUGGUUUGUCGUUCCGAUCCCUGCUCCACCUGGGGACGGAGGCGAAGGACCGUCUAGUGCUCCUGCCUCGGGCGGUGAGGGCGGAGAGGUUAGCCCUAAAGUAAGUUGAUUGCUCUUUUUUUUUGGAUUUCUUUGGAUAUGCUAACGGUAAUCUAGUGCUAAGGGCUUUUUCAUGUAAUUUCAGGAGGGGAGAUACUCGAGCUUAGUUGUGGGGGCAAAAAGCGUGGGGUUGUUGGUAGAUGGAUGGCUCGGCAGGGUGAAGCCUUGGUAUUUUUUAUUAAUUUCCUUGCUUAUUUUAUACCUAGGGUAUAUGUUGGUGUUUCUCAAAUAGCCUCCAUUAUACCCGGGUAUCCUUUUCAAAAAAUAGUGUGCUAGGCAGGCGGUGAGAUUCUGGUGUGA